GUAUUUGCACUAAUCUCUUCUUCUUCUUCCUCUCUCUAGCCCUGUACUAUACUCGCGCCAUCUCACUUUUAGUUGAAAUUCUACACAGAGCUCGAGCUUCACUGUAAACUGUAAGAAUUUCAUCUUUUCAAAUUUACUCAUCAUCAUUACACUUGAAGAAAUCUUAUCAGAAUCCAUGUUACCUUCUCAAAUCGAACUGGAACUGCCUACGUAUCGUUUCCAGCAAGGCAUACAUAAUUUGAUUUGAACUUGUUGAUUGAUCAUCUAACUAAAUAUAUAUAUAUCAUAUUUUCACCGGGAAGAGAGAAAGGAGAGGAGAAAAUUGAUCAGGAAAUGAAGAAAUCGAUUUCAGAUCAUAAUUUCUACAUUAACAGUGAAGAUGAAGAUGCGGAGGAGGAGAGGGAUUAUAACAAUGAUGAAGAAGUUGAAGUUGAAGCUGAUGGAAAUGAUUCUGAUAAUUCUUCCAACUAUUCCAAUGUUAACCGCCAGGAAAGCAGGCCAGGUUCCUUCAAUCCUUCAUGGCCUCAAAGUUAUAGGCAAUCAAUGGAUCUCUAUAGUAGUCCAAACAUUACAUUCUUGGGCACACCAUUGUCAAGAAUAAGCAAUUCCUUUAUUUCAUCAUCUCUGACAAGAAGACACACUCCUGAAAUAUUACCUUCAUUAUCUAAGCCUCUUUUACCAUCACUAGAAGAUGAACAUCAUCCACCUCAUAGACGUAGCUCUCAUACUCUGCUUCCUCCAAUCCCAUCAAGAAAGUCAUCGUUUCAAAAAAUCGUCGAAGUUUCACAUGAACUUCCAGCUUCUCGUCGGAGCUCAUUUAGCCAGGCUGUGCUAAACGGUAUGAAUGUCUUAUGUGGAGUUGGAAUCCUUUCUACUCCAUAUGCUGUGAAAGAAGGAGGAUGGUUUGGGCUCUCCAUAUUGCUUAUUUUUGCUGUCCUCUCCUUUUACACUGGGAUUCUUCUGCGUUACUGCUUAGAUAGCCAACCCGGGCUAGAGACUUACCCAGACAUUGGACAGGCUGCAUUUGGCACUUAUGGACGUUUUACCAUCUCUAUUGUUUUGUAUCUGGAACUAUAUGCAUGUUGUGUCGAAUAUAUCAUUCUGGAGAGCGAUAAUUUGUCAUCAUUAUUUCCAAACGCACAUUUAAGCGUAGGAGGAUAUGAACUAGAUUCGCAUCACCUGUUUGCUUUGCUCACCACCCUUGCAAUUCUUCCAACAGUUUGGCUUCGAGACCUUAGUGUGUUGAGUUACAUCUCUGCCUUUGGUGUUCUGGCAUCUAUAUUGGUUGUUCUCUGCUUGUUCUGGGCUGGUUUCGUGGAUAAACUCGAUUUUCAUAGCAGGGGCUCUUCACUAAACCUGAGUACUCUUCCUGUUGCUAUUGGUCUUUAUGGUUAUUGCUAUUCAGGACAUGCAGUCUUUCCCAAUAUCUAUACAUCAAUGGAGAAACCAAGCCAAUACUCAGCAGUUCUGUUAACUAGUUUUUGUAUAUGUACAGUGAUGUAUGCUAGUGUUGCGGUAAUGGGGUAUAUGAUGUUUGGAGAAUCUACAUUAUCUCAAUUCACUCUCAACAUGCCUCAGAAUUUAGUUUCCUCCAAAGUUGCUGUUUGGACAACGGUCGUAAAUCCAUUAACCAAAUAUGCAUUAACUAUGACUCCUGUGGCUCUGGCUUUGGAGGAAUUGAUACCUUCAAACCAACUCAAAUCUCAUGUUUAUGCUAUCUGCAUUAGGACAGCUUUGGUCAUCUCUACUCUGUUGGUGGCUCUCUCCAUUCCCUUCUUUGGGUUGGUGAUGGCAUUGAUUGGAUCACUACUCACAAUGCUUGUUACCUUGAUAUUUCCAUGUGCCUGUUUCCUUCGGAUUUUGGGACAGAAAGUGAGUCGAUUCCAGGUUGCAGUGUGUAUAUUUAUCAUUAUUGUAGGCGUUGUGUCGGCUGUCUUCGGUUCUUAUUCAGCUCUUUCACAGAUUAUUGAGAAUUUGAGUUGAAAGUAUUACUUGGGCAAACUGUAUAAUAUGUUCUUCUUUGUUUGUCAGUGGCAUCAAGAUAUCUUUGAAGAACUGAGCUUUAAAUAGAUUUUAUUUUCAAUAUUUUUGUAGUAUUUUUCAUGAUUUGUAUCAGUGUGAAUUGCUAAAUUCUGAAGUUUUAUGCUUCUGAUUUAAGCUGGGAUUUCAAUAAAUGAUCCAUAAUCCAAGUUUGGU